AUGGCUGUAGUUGGUCCUAGCAGACACUCACGAGUGUCCAUGUCAAUGUCGAUGUCGCUCAUGCAGGGCGGGGGAGGAAGGGGAGGACACCAACAAUCCAUUCUCGCGGCAGCGCAACCGUACUAUCAUCCACAGCAUCCGCAUCAAACUCCUGCGACAACUCCUCAUUCUCAUAGUCAAGAUGUGCAACCCGAUAGACCCAUCGGAUACGGAGCCUUCGGCGUUGUAAGUUCGUGUACUAUACUCCUCUUCGUGAACCUAUGAGUGCAGCGUUGGUAAGUGUGGAAAACAACGGUAAUGAUUGAAGAUUGUCAUGAAAAGACC